AUGCUGGCCACACUGUUCCUCAUACAGGUCAAGGUGCCAUUGGCCUUCUUGGCCACCUGGGCACACACUGGCUCAGUCAUUGCCAAGGAAAUGACUCCACCAGAACGGAUCCUCUUUCCCCCAGAGGACAUCUGCAUGGACUGGCUGCACACGCGGAGACCUGGGCCGGGGCUCCGCAACCGGGGCAGCACCUGCUACGUCAACGUCAUCCUGCAGUGCCUGACCUACACCCCCCCUCUGGCUAAUUACCUGCUCUCUCGUCAGCACAGCCAGUCCUGUGAUCAGGAAGACUUCUGCAUGAUGUGCAUCAUGGAAGACCACGUUCGGAAGAUCAUGUAUUCCUUGGCCAACGCUGUCCUGCCUAGGGCUGUCCUCAAGAGCCUCAGAUUCAUAGGAGAAUUUAAGCCUGACGUAGCAGGAGAUGCCUACGAGUUCUUCUGCUGUGCUCUCCAUGCCAUGCAGGAUGCUUGUCUGCCUGGAAGCACAGUCUUGGACGUCUCUUCUCAGACAACUACCCUCAUCUACCAAAUAUUUGGGGGCUUUCUGAGAUCCAGAGUCACGUGCUUGAGAUGCCAAGCAGUUUCUGAUUCCUACAAGGCCUUCCUGGAAGUCCUUUUGAAAAUCAAAGCAGCCUCAUCCCUCACCGCGAUCCUGGAGAACUUUGUGAAACCCAAGCUGCUGAAUGGGAAACAGUGCAUGAGAUGCAGCAAGUAA